GCCCUGACUCCCAGCCCGGAGCUGCCCCCGCGCUGGUCAGACCCGCAGCAGCGGCCGGAGAUGCCUCGGGGCGCCGCGCUGGGCCUGCGCCUGUGGCUCUGCCUGGAACUCUUGCGCGGCCUGGCAAGUGGCUACUCCAUGACCCCCCCAACCCUGAAUAUCACGGAGGACACACACGUCAUCGACGCCAGUGACAGCCUGUCCAUCUCCUGCAGUGGACAGCACCCCCUCGAGUGGGCCUGGCCCGGGGCUCCGGAGGCACCCGCCACGGGGGAGAAGGACGGAGAGGACACAGGGCUGGUGCGGGACUGCGAGGGCUCCGACUCACGGCCCUACUGCAAGGUGCUGCAGCUGCGGGCGGCCCAGGCCAACGACACAGGCUGCUACCUAUGCUACUACAAGUACAUCAAGGCACGCAUAGAGGGCACCACUGCCGCCAGCACCUACGUGUUCGUGAGAGACUGGGAGCAGCCCUUCAUCAACAAGCCAGACACACUCCUGGUCAACAGGAAGGACGCCAUGUGGGUGCCCUGCCGGGUAUCCAUCCCAGGCCUCAACAUUACACUGCGCUCGCAGAACUCAGUGCUGCAGCCCGAUGGGCAGGAGGUGGUGUGGGAUGACCGCCGGGGCAUGCGAGUGCCCACACCGCUGCUGCGAGAUGCCCUCUACCUACAGUGCGAGACCAGCCAUGCUGGCCAGGCUUUCCAGUCCAACCCUUUCCUCGUGCAUAUCACAGGCAACGAGCUCUAUGACAUCCAGCUGUUCCCCAAAAAGUCUCUGGAGCUGCUGGUCGGGGAGAAGCUGGUCCUGAACUGCACUGUGUGGGCUGAGUUCAACUCGGGCGUCACCUUCCACUGGGACUAUCCUGGCAAGCAGGCAGAACGGGGCACGUGGGUGCCAGAGCGGCGCUCACAGCAGACGCACACUGAGCUGUCCAGCAUCCUGACAGUGCACAACGUCAGCCAGCUCGACCUGGGCCCCUACGUAUGCGAGGCCAACAACGGCAUACAGAGCUUCCGGGACAGCACAGAGGUCAUCGUGCAUGAAAAACCCUUCAUCAGUGUCGACUGGCUCAAGGGCCCGGUCCUGGAGGCCACAGCAGGAGAUGGGGUGGUGAAGCUGCCCGUGAAGCUGGCUGCAUACCCACCGCCUGAUUUCCAAUGGUACAAGGAUAGAAAGGCGCUGUCCGGCCGCCACAGUCCCCACGCCCUGGUGCUCAAGGAUGUGACGGAGGCCAGUGCAGGCAUCUACACCUUGGCACUGUGGAACUCAGCCGCCGGCCUGCAGUGCAACAUCAGCCUAGAGCUGGUGGUCAAUGUGCCCCCCCACAUCCACGAGAAGGAGGCCUCCUCCCCCAGCAUCUACUCACGCCACAGCCGCCAGGCCCUCACCUGCACAGCCUACGGGGUACCCCCACCCCUCAGUGUCCAGUGGUACUGGCGGCCCUGGACGCCUUGCAGGAUCUUCACCCAAAGGAGCCUCAGCCGGAGGCAGCAGCGAGACCGGAUGCCACAGUGCCGGGACUGGAGGGAGGUGACCACGCAGGAUGCCCUGAACCCCAUCGAAAGUCUGGACACCUGGACUGAGUUUGUGGAGGGGAAGAAUAAGACGGUGAGCAAGCUGGUGAUCCAGAAUGCCAAUGUGUCCGCCAUGUACAAGUGUCUGGUGUCCAACAAAGUGGGUCAGGACGAGCGACUCAUCUACUUCUACGUGACCACCAUCCCCGACGGCUUCAGCAUCGAGAUGGAACCCUCAGAGGAGCCCCCGCCGCUGGAGGGCCAGCCGGUGCGCCUGAGCUGCCUGGCCGACAACUACACGUAUGAGCACCUGCGCUGGUACCGCCUCAACCUGUCGGCUCUGCACGACGCGCACGGGAACCCGCUGCUGCUCGACUGCAAGAACGUGCACCUGUUCGCCACACCACUGGCCGCCCGCCUGGAGGAGGCGGCGCCCGGGGAGCGCCACGCCACGCUCAGCCUGACCAUCCCGCGAGUGGCGCCCGAGCACGAGGGCGACUAUGUGUGCGAGGUGCGGGACCGCCGCAGCCACGACAAGCACUGCCACAAGAAAUACCUAUCCGUGCAGGCCCUGGAAGCCCCACGGCUGACGCAGAACCUGACCGACCGGCUGGUGAACGUGAGCGACUCGCUAGAGAUGCGGUGCCCGGUGGCGGGGGCGCACGUGCCCAGCAUCGUGUGGUACAAAGACGAGAGGCUGCUGGAGGAAGAGUCCGGGAUCGACCUGGCCGAGUCCAACCAGAAGCUGAGCAUCCAGCGCGUGCGCGAGGAGGACGCGGGCCGCUACCUGUGCAGCGUGUGCAAUGCCAAGGGCUGCGUCAACUCCUCGGCCACGUUGGCCGUGGAAGGCUCAGAGGACAAAGGCAGCAUGGAGAUCGUGAUCCUUGUGGGUACAGGAGUCAUCGCCGUCUUCUUCUGGAUCCUUCUGCUGCUCAUCUUCUGCAACAUGAGGCGGGUCAGCGUCUCCCCCAAGCCAGCCCACGCAGACAUCAAGACGGGCUACCUGUCCAUCAUCAUGGACCCCGGCGAGGUGCCGCUGCAGGAGCAGUGCGAGUACCUGUCCUAUGACUCCAGUCAGUGGGAGUUCCCCCGAGAGCGGCUGCACCUGGGGCGCGUCCUGGGCCACGGGGCAUUUGGGAAGGUGGUGGAAGCCUCGGCCUUUGGUAUCCACAAGGGCAGCAGCUGUGACACGGUGGCUGUGAAGAUGCUGAAAGAGGGCGCCACAGCCAGCGAGCAUCGUGCCCUGAUGUCCGAGCUCAAGAUCCUCAUCCACAUUGGUAACCACCUCAACGUGGUUAACCUCCUGGGGGCGUGCACCAAGCCCAACGGCCCCCUCAUGGUGAUCGUGGAGUUCUGCAAGUAUGGCAACCUCUCCAACUUCUUGCGCGCCAAGCGGGAGGCCUUCAACCCCUACGCGGAGAAGUCCCCAGAGCAGCGGAGGCGCUUCCGUGCCAUGGUGGAGGGCACACGGGCUGACCGCAGGAGGCCAGGUGGCGACAGGGCACUGCUCUGCCGGCUGCUGGCUGGCAGGGGUGGCACAGGGCGCGCCCUCCAGGGCCCCGAAGCCGAGGACCUGUGGCUGAGCCCUCUGACCAUGGAAGACCUCGUCUGCUACAGCUUCCAGGUGGCCCGCGGGAUGGACUUCCUGGCCUCUCGGAAGUGCAUCCACAGAGAUCUGGCUGCUCGGAACAUCCUACUGUCCGAGAGCGACGUGGUGAAGAUCUGUGACUUCGGCCUGGCCCGGGACAUCUACAAAGACCCUGACUACGUGCGCAAGGGCAGCGCCCGCCUACCCCUGAAGUGGAUGGCUCCUGAGAGCAUCUUUGACAAGGUCUACACCACACAGAGCGAUGUGUGGUCCUUUGGGGUGCUACUCUGGGAGAUCUUCUCCCUGGGCGCCUCCCCGUACCCCGGGGUGCAAAUCAAUGAGGAGUUCUGCCAGCGGCUGAAAGAAGGCACCCGGAUGAGGGCUCCUGAGUUGGCCUCUCCUGCCAUUCGCAGGGUUAUGCUGAGCUGUUGGUCUGGGGACCCCAAAGAGAGGCCUGCCUUCUCAGAGCUGGUGGAGAUCCUGGGGGACCUGCUGCAGGGAGGGGCCCUCCAGGACGAAGAGGACCACCUGGCCCCCCAAGGCUCCCAAAGCCUGGAGGAUGACAGCUUCCUGCAGGCAUCCACCACUGCCCUGCACGUGGCCGAUGCUGAGGACAUGGAGGACAGCCCCCCCAGUCUGCACCGGCACAGCCUGGCUGCCAGAUACUACAACUGCGUGUCCUUCCCUGGGUGCCUGACCCGGGGCACACAGACCCACAGCCCCUCCAGGAUGAAGACGUUCGAGGAAUUCCCCAUGACCCCAACCACCUACAAGGCCUCAGCAGAUAACCAGACAGACAGUGGGAUGGUGCUGGCCUCGGAAGAGUUUGAGCGGCUGGAGAGCAGGCACAGGCAAGAAGGCGGGCUCAGCUGUAAAGGACCCGGCUGCAAUGUGGAAGAGACCAGGGCUCCCCCUGAGCCCCAAGGAAGGGUGCGGCAACCAGAUCUGGGGAGCCAUGGGGGACAGGUGUUCUACAACAGUGAGUACGGGGACCUGUCAGGGCCCCGAGAGGAGGACGGGCGUGUCCUGGCUGGCCGUGAGCCCUUCUUCACAGACAGCAGCUAUUAAGGCAGCCCCAGGCAGGGCCUCCGAGCCCUAGGACUCUGACAUUGGCGGUGCCAUGCCUGAAGGGGCCAGAAGAAGCUGAAAGUCCAGGCUGGGAACUCAUCUCCUCUGGCUCAGGCUCAGGGGUAUUUCCUUUUCCCUGUGCAGCCUCCUUGGCUGAGAGGAGAGAAACUCAGGCUCCAGUACCCCUCCAAAAUUUCAUCACCACACAUGCUCUGGGCACCAGGCAGCCCCCUGGGGCCCGUCUCCCUUCCAACUCCAUAUUCUAUUUCUCUCAGCUUUCUCCAGGAAAGUCAUCCUGGGCUGGGCACCGUCUCUUUGAUUGCCUCUUCCUACCAUGGCAGGUGGUGAUGAGACCAAAUUUCCCAGUGGGGAAUCUAAGGGUCUGACGUCAUAGGGUGAUGGAGGUGGCCUUCAGCCCCCCAUUGUCUCUCCUCACGGCCUCCAUUUCCUGUGAGGAAUGGCCUGCUUUUUUCAACUGCCUCUCUAAAGCUCAAGAGAAAGUGCUCGUGUUUCCAGGUCACAGAAACAAAGAAGGAAUUGCUAGGUGAAGGUGGGUCUUCUGGUGAGCCCAGCCUCACUGCUGACCAUUAUGAACUCCCUGGCAUGGAGAAGGAUCACACAGUGGACUGGUUUUUCAGCAGUGCUUUCAAGGCUGCACUGUGAGCUGCUGGGAGGGAUUCGCCUUUAACACUUCAUCUGAAAGGAACCCAGAUCAGGAAGCAUCUGGUCUCAGACCCCAUGCCAGGUGCUGUGGGUCCGGGACAGACUGCCAUUGCCACCGUCCCACUUGCCUUACCUAGAAUCCGAAUAACCAGAUCCUGAGCUGCAGCUGUUUGAGAAGUGCCUGAUGUGCCACCCAGCUUCCCCCCAAUGCCAUGGGCAUCCUCAGGAGGAAUGAACCCCAUGGGGGCCACUGUGGAAGGCUUGGGGGCCAGAGAACCCUGCCCCUGGCAUCACCCCAGGCCAGGGCCAGUAGCAGGUGUUCUAGGACAGCUGAGGAGCCUCAGAAGGCCAUUGCUGUUCUACCCAGCUCCCCCGUCACAGCUCACAGUGCCCAGCCCACCCCCCUUGGAGGGCAGGCAGGAGCACCGUGGAGAUGGACCCCAGCCCCACCCACCCCCGCAAGACGCUUGCAGGACAGGCGGCCACAUGGCCAUCAAGGGCUCACCCAGCAGCCCCCUUGCCCCCAUGUGUAUCAUGCCUUUAGGAUGUGUGUGCCCAAUGCGCGUGAGACUGCCCCCCCCCAGCCCCCCUGAUGUCCCCUGACUGUGAGGCUGGGCUUUUUGGUCCAUCUGGUGGGCUGUCCAGAAGUAGUUGCUAGCCUGAGGGGGUAAACAUGGAUUCAAGACCACCAACAGCCCCUCCUGCCGUGUAUCUCCCCCACUCCUGUCACAUAACCGCACUCUCGAAAACGUACCUGGAAGAAAACCUCCCGCCCCUUGUAGACCAGGUGUUCUGGAAAGAUCUGAAAUAUUUAACAAAGGAUAAUAAUAAACCUGAUGCCAGUCUUUGAAGUACA